UUCCCUCCUCAAACUCCAAACUGGGGUCGGACUAUUUUAUCUGGGAAUACUGGACCAUGUUCUUCAGUAACGACAGACGCUAACACCGCUGGACUUUAAUGAUUAUGGGUGUGUUCUUUAUGAUUAUCUUCUGAAGUGGAUACCUGGAUGCUGAUUGGCCGCUGCGUGAGGGACUGAGGACAUGCGUCUGCGGAUGGACGUUGGAGACACUUUGGCACAGAAGACUUAGUCAAACAACAUCAGUAAAUGGAUUUGUGGGGAUCGUCCCCCGAGGUGGGACCUCAGGUUUAAGCAGAGCUGCAGAGGGUCUGAGGAGGAGGACCUCGCGCUGGUCCUGAACACGGCUGACGCACGCAGAGCACAGACACACAGUCUGAUGCCAACUGUCUCCACUGUCAAUCGAACGGCACCACUCCUCCUCCUGUUGCUAUGGGCGAUCUGCCCCACCAUGGCAACCAACUGGCUCUCCCUGGCGAGGCUGCCGCGCUCCAGGCCUGUGUCGGGGGCUGCUCCGUGCGCGCGGCUGAGGGGGCUGACCCCGGGGCAGGUGGGAGUGUGCAGGGCGCGGGGGGAGGUCAUGGAGUCUGUGAGGAAAGCGGCCGAGAUGGUCAUAGAGGAGUGCCAGCACCAGUUCAGAAAUCGUCGAUGGAACUGCUCCACGACGCCUCGAGGAAUCAAUGUGUUUGGAAGAGUAAUGAACCAAGGCACUCGUGAGGCGGCCUUCGUGCACGCCCUCUCCUCGGCCGCGGUGGCUGUCGCCGUGACACGCGCCUGCACCCGGGGGGAGCUAGAGCGCUGCGGCUGUGACAGGAAGGUCAGAGGGGUCAGCCCAGAGGGGUUCCAGUGGUCCGGGUGCAGCGAUAACCUCUCCUACGGCGUGGCGUUCUCCCAAACAUUUGUGGACGAGCCGGAGCGAGCCAAAGGGCUGUCCGCCGGCCGCCCGCUCAUGAACCUCCACAACAACGAGGCGGGAAGAAAGGCCAUCCUCCACAACAUGCAGGUGGAGUGUAAGUGUCAUGGCGUGUCGGGGUCAUGUGAGCUCAGGACCUGCUGGAAGGUCAUGCCCCCGUUCAGGAGGGUGGGGGUCGUUCUAAAGGAGCGUUUUGACGGAGCGACAGAGGUUCGGCUCACCCGUAUCGGCUCGCGUCCCGCCCUGUUGCCCCGGGACCCCCAGGUCAAACCCCCCGCGGCCAGGGACCUGCUGUACCUGGCCCCCUCCCCGGACUUCUGUCACCUGGACCCGGACAACGGGAUUCCUGGGACCGCCGGCCGAAGAUGCAACGGAACCUCGCGCCUGGCUCCGGACGGCUGCGAGCUGGUGUGCUGCGGGCCCGGGUACAGGGCGGGGCGGGCCGAGGUCGUACAGCGCUGCUCUUGCAAAUUCUCCUGGUGCUGCUCCGUGCGCUGCCAGCAAUGUAAAAACACUGUCACCAUUCACACGUGCAGAGUGUAAAGUCCUACAAAUGUCCCACAGAUGUUCUACAGAAGGAAAUUAACACGUAACGGACACGAGACGCGAGACGGACGCAAACGAGCACGAGUCAAA